CUUUGUGCUUUUGUUUUACUCCUAAAUAACGUCCCGUGUUAUAAACUCCACUCGUAAAGGUUUAGCAGAGGAGCGCUCAUGUCGCGACCACGGACUCGCCGAGGAGGACCCGACGUGAACGCGCCUCGGUCCUUUGUUGCGCAACCUCGGUAGACCGCGUGCUCCUGUACCUUUAAGGGAUCUCUCCAGCUUCACCGGAGUGACGCCGCUCGCAGUGGAUUCCAUACGCACAGAAAGUCCAGCGGCGGAGUGUGGAAUCUCCUCCCUGUGGUAGCAGUCUCCUCCAGGUGCUGAGCAAAAAGCAGAACAUUUUUCAUCAUGAACGCAGACAAAGAUCCUGAGUUUACCGCCCCAGAGGGAAACGGGAUGGACGUUUGCAGUGAUGUUGCAGACUUGAAGCCACAGGAGGAAGAAGAAGAAGAGAGGGAAGAUAAUUCAUCUGGUGAAAAUGGAAUGCAGUGUGCUGAAGAUGCGAUAAAGAUCGAGGCAGAGGAGAUGGAGGAAGACGAUCUGUACCCUGAGGCCGAAAAAGAACGAGAGAUAUCGCUGAAAGAGGAAGCGGAGGGGGCCAGUGAGGACGGCACGGAGGAAGGAUUCGACGAGGAGAGAACAGAGGAGGACGAUGACGAGGAGAGGGACGGGGAGGGGGACGAAGAGGGAGAUACCCUGAAUGAGCCACAGGACCUGUCACUGAUGGACUACUCGCGAUACAACAGCGCGACCCUGCUGGACACCCACGCAGGAGCGGCGGCCGGCGCAGAAGGGACCUACGUGUCUGGAGCCGCGGCCCCUCGCAUCCAGACGACAGGCAAGCUCAACUGUGACAUCUGUGGCCUGUCCUGCGUCAGCAUCAACGUACUGCUGGUGCACAAACGCAGCCACACGGGUGAGAGGCCAUUCCACUGCACUCAAUGCGGGGCCUCCUUCACCCAGAAGGGAAACCUGCUGCGCCACAUCAAACUGCACUCCGGGGAGAAGCCUUUCAAAUGCCCCAUGUGCAGCUACGCCUGCCGCCGGCGCGAUGCUCUGAGCGGGCACCUGCGCACCCAUUCUGUGGAGAAACCCUUCAAGUGCAACCAUUGCAGCCGCAGCUACAAGCAGCGCAGCUCCCUGGAGGAGCACAGAGAGAGGUGCCAUGUGUACAUUCAGAGCAAAGGCCCCGUUGAGAGAGAGGACAGCCAGACAUCCAGGACUCAAAUGGGCACCGAGCGCGCUCUGCUGCUCGACAGGCUCGCCAGCAACGUGGCCAAACGGAAGAGCUCAAUGCCACAGAAGUUCACCGGCGACAAUGGUGUCUGCCUUGACCUGAGCUUUAACAGGGAGCUCGUCUACCGUCCUGAGGUCAAAGACCCUCCGGCAGGCUCCCCGGGGCCUGACGCCCACCAACAACCAACACGGCCAGACAGCAACCCGGCUGCCUCCCGCAGGCCCUACCCCAUCCAGUUGGGCCGCAACGACCUCAGCCCCAUGGGCCUCACUAACGGCAACAAGCUGGGCAUGCCGGUCCUCGGCCUCCCUCACGGCAACCAGCCGCCCCUCGGCGUGGACUCGUUCCACGCCGACGGCUCCCAGAUGUCCCAGCCUGUAAUGUACAACUUGGGGCACCUGCUGGGGGGGCUGAACCACCAGAACGGCAUCCCCCACCCGCACGCCCAGCCCAUCCCCCUGUCGCCGCUGGAGGCUUUACGGGUGGUGCGGGUAGACGGCGAGGGCGGAGCGCUGCCCGGGGCGGUGUACCCCUGCGGUCACUGCAGGGUGAUCUUCCUGGACUAUGUCAUGUUCACCAUCCACAUGGGGUGCCACGGCUUCCGUGACCCGCUCGAGUGCAACGUGUGCGGCCACCGCAGUCGGGACCGUUACGAGUUCUCCUCCCACAUAGCCCGCGGCGAGCAUCGCCUAGAACUGAAGUAGCGUUCAUUCAUGCUUGUGACACACACACAUGCUCAGAAAGAUAACACUGUAGAAGAACACACACAGAUUUACUCAUAUAAGUAGCUGGUAGUAUUAGAAAUGAAAGCAUGAAGUCUUUUGUGUGCGUGUGUAUGUGUGUGUGUGUGUGUGUGUAUGAGGGUCUGUGGGUGGCUGUGUGUGGUGUUUGUGUGAGUGUGUGGGAGCAUGAGUUUGUGUGUAAGACCGGGCUAUUGAGAUAGACGUUAUAGGAGCGUUGUCAGUGUGUUCUUAGUCAUACUGCACUCAUCUGAAAAGAUGCGUGCCUGAAGUUAAUGCAGGAGUAAUUCUACUUCCUUUUCCUUUACAUUAGUAGUCAACGAUCACUGUUUAUAUAAUAUUGUCAGCCAUACAUGCAUUUAAAUGUUCAUCAAGAUAGCAAAAGAGAAUGAAUGUUUUGUGUAUUUACUCUUUUUUUCACUGUUAUAUGUGUAAAGAUGUUAAAAUAAAAGACAACAACUCCUUUUCCUUCACCUAA